AUGAAUACGUCAAAUCAGUCAUCUAUUUCCAAUGUUCCAUUAGCUCUUAGUCUACCACCUGUUCCACAAUUAAUUAUCCUUGGUAUUAUUUUUAUUACAUCUAUAUUACUCAAUUCAUUAUCUAUCCUAUGUAUUUUGGGUGCAAAAGCGAUAACACCAAUCAAUUUGUUGAUUAUUAAUUUGGCAAUUAGUGAUAUUGUUUAUGCAUUCACUAUACCAAUAUUUGCUGUACAUAUUGUUAUACCAUGGUGGCCAUUUGGGCGACUCGGAUGUCAAUUAUCAAUUGCAAUAGAUAUCAUAGCAAUGAUUGUAAGUGCUCAGUAG